AUGGCGACGAGGUCGCCCACAUUCACCUCACCAAACGGUCACCACUUCCUGGGAUUCGACCUAUGUCAUGAGCAAUUCAGAGCAGCCAUCGUAGAUGGGCAUCUCUCCACCGUCGGCGUCGAGAUUGUUGAUUUCGAUAGCGAACUACCCGAAUAUCAGACUCGCUCGGGCUUGUUUAACGCGCCUGGAGACAUACCUACAGUACCCAUCGAGAUGUGGAUCCGUGGCCUUGAUCGGCUCUUGGAAAAACUGCGAGCUCGGUUCGAUCUCAGCAAAAUACGAACGAUUGGUGGAUGUGCUCAGUCCUGUGUGGUUUGGUGGCGGCACGAGUCUGCCUCACAAUUAGUCUCCAUUUCUGGCUCAAAACCCCUUCACGAACAAAUAAACUCUUCUGCGUUCUCCAUCCAUUAUGUCCCGAUACCUCAAGAUACAUCGACGCAAUCCCAAUCUCUGACGCUAGAGGCAACCCUGGGCGCACCAGGUGCUAACACUGCUGCCCACCUCACUUUACCUGCUACACAAAUAAUGAAUGUACGUGAAGGACAACCUAAUGUUUGGUCGUCGACAGCCCGCAUAAUGCUUGCAAGUGCAUUCUUGGCGACGUUGCUUGCAGGAAAAUGGUGUCGGAUGAGCGAGUCCGAUGUCGUAGGCACGGGGAUAUGGAAUUUCCAAGCCAAGACGUGGGAUGAAGCCAGUUUAGACCUUCUGGCCGGAGGGAAAGAGGAAGCAUCUCGACUACGCGAAAUGCUGGGGGAUGUGGAGAGGUCGGGAGGGGCUGAGGUCGGCUUGAUAUCUCCAUAUUUUGUAGAGCGAUAUGGACUGAGGUCGGACGUCACUAUCAGCCCAUUCAUUUCUGAUAGCCUUUCUGCGUACCUUUCAAUUUCCCCUUCUCCAAACGACAUCGUCAUGUCAUUUGGGACAACGGAUGUUCUCAUGGCCAGCGCUCGUAAAUAUGUCCCCAGUCGUCUCUAUCACCUCCAUCCUCAUCCAGCACAAACACCUCAGGAGGAACCACGAUUCAUUGCUACCCUUGUUAGCCGUAACGCCGAUACCCCGCGCGCAUCUGUGCGCGAUCUGUAUACCAAAAGUUGGAGUGCUUUUGAUCGUUUGGUGUCGGUCAUUCCACCCGGAGGGUCUAUCGGGCUCGACGAUAAGGUUUUCAGCUUCUGGAUACUUCAGGGAGAGAGCUUCCCGUUUGCGCACGUGAAGGGCGUUUACCGGUUCGAGAUGGGCGUCAAAGUGAACGAGUUUCGAGAUUUAAGAACAAAUCCUCGCACCCUGAUGGAAUCGCAAAUAUUAUCAUUCCGAGUCCGCUAUUCAAGAAUGGCAUCACAAGGGUUAUUUUCUGAUGUGGAGCCAGCCCAGCCACCUCCCAUACAGACAGGAUCGUUCGCUAGUCUUGGAGUUUCAUUUGACCCUUAUGAUUAUUCCACCCUUCCCCGUCGCGUCAUUACCAUCGGAUCUGCCGCUAAUUUCCCGAGUGUUGUCAAUCUCAUGGGAGAUGUCUUCAAUGCUCGGGUCUUUGUGCCAUUGUCAGAUCAAAUGGUCGCGAAUGCUGGUCCCAAGGCAAAACCUGCCGGAUCAUCAAGUGGCAGCACAACCCCUGGUGGUGUAUUUGGUGCGGCUAUUGCCCCGACGGUGACGGCAGCGGCGAUGACUGCGGCGAUGACUGCUGCUGCAACGGCCACUCAUCUCCCUCCUGGUACGGUCCCUGCGCCGUCUAGAGCAUCUGCUGCGCUUGGAGCAGCUUACAUGGCUCGGUGGGCAUGGAGGUGUAAGACCCGACCGGACGAGCAAUUUGGCAGCUUUGAGGAAGAAGUUCAUUAUUUGCUGAGGCGAGGCCGAGGUACGCCGAGCGGCCAAUCCAAAACGUCGAGUUCUCAUGGGCAUUUCUCCCCGUCACGCUCGCCGUCCGGUACUUCGACCCCGAUUCCCCAUCGUUCGCCGUCAGGCCUUGCUGUUGCAUCGUAUCCAGAUGAUGGCGAAAUGCCCCAGGGAAAUAGCCCCUCCCACGAGCAGAGACCAGCUCAUGGUCUUAAUUUGUCUCCUGGGGCUCUAACGUUCCCGGCAUCGUCCUUGACAGCCAACAGCCCGGUCCCUGCUCCGACCGCCUUGUCAGCCCCACUAUCAUCAAACCCCGUCACACUUAGCCUGCCCCCUAUGAUGACGGAUCUGUCUGAUAUAGAGGUUGGUCUCGUGAAAGUUUCAGAGCCAGACCCAGACACUUUCUUGACAUACGCAGCUCUGAUUCCGGAGUAUUGUCGAUUGGAAGGCAUGCUCGUUCGGAAUCUUGUCUAA